AUGGCCGAGAUGAUGACCUCUUACGAUAUUCCUGAAGAUGCGAUCGAGAACUUUAUAUCUUUCACAAAUGCCUCGCGCGAGAAGGCUAUAGCUUUUCUCGAAGCCAAUAACCGCGAUUCCAACAGAGCUAUCAAUGCCUACUUCGAAAACCCGGAUAGUGUUCAACCCGAACCUUCCGUAUCCUGGCCUAUGCCACCUUCUAGUCAAAAUGAAGGAUAUGGGUAUAAGAAUCAAAACGCACCUUCAUUUAGAAUCGACUCCGAUCCCGUUCACCCCGUUGGAUAUGGAACAGCGCCAUCACGACCCCCGUCGAGAAUAGGCUCUUACGAACACACUGAGGAAGCUAAAGUAGGCCAGCCGAUCGAAGGUCCGGCGAAUAAGCCUGGUGUGGGAGCGAGUCCAAGUCAGCAUAUGUCUCUUGCAGAGCAGGAGGAGCACGAAUUGCAAAGGGCAGUGGCACUGUCUCUGAAUGCGGAGCUUGGUGGAAAUGGCGACAUUUCCAUCGAUGAUGGCAGUCAGGAAACCGGUGUUAUCAGCACAAAUCAGACGAAGCUGGCGCCGGCAACCCAGAAUCAUUACGACGAAACUGCAUGGGCUUUAACACUGCUCGAGCCCGCGACCCGAGAAGUAUGUAUCCAUCCAGAUCCGGAGGAACGGAAGAGGGUCAAUGACGAGCCUGUUUUUCUUCGCCCCUCUGAAGAGGCAGAUUACCUAGCGGGUUUUCUUACCAUUAUCCAUGCAAUCCCGCUAGCGAGGGAAGCUCUGCUCCUUAGGGACAGAGUCAUUGAUGACUAUGGCAGUGACCCGCAGUGGUGGAAUGGACAACCUAUUGACCUUCCUAGCUUAGUGACAUUCGCCGAUGAUGGCUAUAUGGACGAUAGUGUGCACGAUGACGUUCUAGUUGAAGUACAGAGACUUAUGGCUUUUUUGGAUGGCACACAUCGCGCUUUUGGAAGUAUCGAUGCCCUUGCCAAUCUUAAAUCUAUUCAGAGCUGGAGUACUGAAUACAAUGUUGGCCAAUUUUUGGAAUCGUGGCAAAGGUCUGCCGUUGCAGCCACGCCGGAUAACCAGCUAGCUACUAUAUUCUCAUCAUUAGCCUAUAAACGACCGUUUUCUGUGGAUGAAGAACCAAUUGAUAAAGAAUUUUUGGCAUUGGAACUCCCCGUUCACUCGGAUCUCGUGGAAACGCUGUACGAUGCUAUCGAUGUUUCCAUGUGGCAAGAUUCACCGGAUUCAGAACUUGACGAUAUAUGGAUAGAUCGUAUCGGUGAAGUGUUUUCCCUACGGCUGAACUCUACGGACCCGCAGAAAUCCGUUGAUGUUAAGAUCCCUGCUGUGUGGUAUCCAGACAGGUAUAUGGAGGCGUGCAGGGACAUCUCGCGCAAUAUUCGCAAACGUAGAAUCGAAACCAGCCUGGAGAUCGAUAAGCUACAGCAUUUAAUGCAACGGUUCUCGACACCAAAGAUUGGUCAUUCGACCUCCCAGAUCAAGAAUACCUUUGAUUUGGCAGUUAAUGCGUUACAAGUUGCCUCGCGGAACCACCUCGUAAACGGGUCUCUUGAGGAUCCAGAUGUGGAAGAACGGACCAUCGUGUCGCAUGAAGCGGUUAUGGAUCUCGCUAAUGAGUUAAAAGCUCUCACUGAAAAAAUCGAUCAGAAGCUAAAAUCCCUGGAGGAGCGAAAAUCCCAAGCCCUGGAGUCGUUGAGACGGUAUUCGAAGGAGCUUACCACCGCAUCUAAUGACCCAGCUAAGCCACCGCAUAGAAAGUACACAUUGCGGGGAGUUUGCACCCAUCCUCAUGUCACAUACGUAUUAAGACGACGCGAAAAUAACGUCGAAAUGACUGAGGGACCCAUCUCCGUAAGCUCAGCCCAUGAUGAGUGGCAGUGGUGGCGAAUCAGCUUCUCAGUUGAUGACGCCAAUGCUCGACAUGCAGAAGCCACACAGACUCCAGUGGUACCUUCAUUACAUCGAAAUUCAGGUAUCGCCCCGCAACAAAGGAAUCCGAGGGUUCCUUUACCUGCCAACAUGGAUGUCGCCGGUUAUACUGUACGGCCCGUCAGAGAAAUAGAGGUCCUCCGCGCCGCUAAGGAAGAGGGCCGUUCUGUGCUGCUUGUAUACGCGAAUGAGAAUGCGGUCAAUUUCAAGGAGGGUCCGCUUCCGCCGCCAUUACAGGAAUUUGUCGACGCGGACAACAAAUUCUUCGAAAGUGAAAGAGAGGAAGUUUCUCAAAAGCUUCAAGAACAAGCCGAAGAAGAAGUUGCAAGAGUUAGCGAAAGUUCGUGGCCUGAACUUGAACCGCUGGGCAGCAGGGCCGAGGAGACUUCGAGUAUUCACGGACAAACAUCCAGGAAAGUUGUAGAGCCGCAACACGUACCCACAUUAUCCUCACCAUUAACAUCAAGAGAGGGACCCGUUGGAACCAAACAAGCAGGUCGAAAUAAUUCUACUGGAAAUAGACGUCACAAGGAACAGAGAUCUUGGGAUGAUCAAAUCCCCGCUAGCCUCCGCACAGAAAGUACUGCGCUCAGCGCCAGCACGACAAAUGUGUUCGACUAUGAAGUUUCAUCAUUCCCGGACACACCGCCUAGUGAGAUGGAGGACAAGGAGCCGGAGAUGCAGGAAAGAGGGGUUGGCAGUGGGGGAAGCGCGAUUUUAGGCCAUGGUAGUGUGAGUGGAAGCGGUCGGGUGAGGUGCUCGACACAACCUUCUGGUUCUAUGGGGAAUAUUCGAGAGGAGGUUGGUGAUGGUGGUGAGGGUGGUGGUAGUCGCUGUGAGCACGGUCCUGAGAAUAUCGAGGUGGAGGUCAAUAUGCCCCCUAGCCAUACUGCCUGA